CUUACGCUGCUUAACCAGUUUGUUUUUAUAAUUUUUUUGUUGUCGCUCCAUAAAUAGAUUUCCGAGUCGAUAGAGGUUAUGUUUAUAGUGAAACAUCACACUUUCGGUUACUUUCGGUUCGGAGAGUACGGCACGGGUUAGCAGCGAAAAGAAAGCGUAUAGGAAAGCAUGCACAUCGGAACGUGCCUGCUGUGCCUGGCGGUGGACCGGCGCACCCUCGACAUCGCGCGCUCCCAGCUGCUCCACGUCUACGAGAAGAUCACCGACUUCAAGAUUAAGAGUGACAGUCACCGGCUAUGCUUCAUCUGCCACACGAGGCUCCGACACGCUCACCAGUUGCGGCAACUGGCCAAAAGGACACAACACCUGCUGGCCAAUUUCAACACUAACAAGUUUGAGAAAUGUAUUGAAACUCACAAAUCUCUGGUGGAGCUCAGCUGGUGUCGCGUAGCGGACGUGGAUGUGGCGCCGGUGCGUGCGUGUGCGGGGGGCGCGGGGGGCGGGGAGGACGGGCCCGUCAAGGAGGAGCCGGCUGAAGAUGCGGAUGCACGUGGAGACAACGGGGCCUCAUCGCGACGGUCGGCGUCCGACGCCGGUGCCCCCGUCGCCGGGCCCGCCCCGCGCCCGGCCACCCCGCGCCCGCCGACGCACGCGGACAGACCGACCACUAGAGCAGCGCGAAAGCGACAGCGGACAGACGUCGCUUCCGAAUCAGUGGCACACAUUAUUACCGAAUCUACUACGUGCGUCAAUGUACUGCCGGAGGUGAGCGCCGCUCCGGUCGACGUCGGGAGAGUCGCUACAGACGACAGAGACGCGUCGCACGCGGUAGACAGAGGAAGCGCGGGCGACGAGCCGAGUGCGGUCGACGAGGCGACUGCGGUCUACGGGCCGAGUGCGGUCGACGAGGCGACUGCGGUCUACGGGCCGAGUGCGGCCGGGAAUGGAGCGAGCGAGUGUGACACAGCGACAGCAGCCGAGGACGCAGCGAGCGGCGAACGUAAUAUCGCGGAGACGAGCUCCACGCCCGGCCCGGCCGCAGGGGGCGGGGACGAAUCCUUCCCAUGCCGCUUCUGCCCCUUCCGCAGCGCGCGGCGCGACACCCUGCGGCGGCACGAGCGCGGGCACGCGGGGCCGCGCCGCUACUGGUGCGCGCAUUGCGACCGCCCCUUCCCGCACAAGGGCAACUACAUGCGGCACCUGCGCACGCAUACAGGCGACCGCCCCUACUCGUGCGAGCUCUGCCCCGCGACGUUCGCGCAGCUCAGCACGCUCAACGCGCACCGGCUCGUGCACACCGGCGAGCGGCCCUUCGAGUGCGGGCGGUGCGGCGCGCGCUUCGGCCGGCGCGGCGUGCUGCAGCGGCACGAGGCCACGCACACGGGCGUCAAGCCGCACCGCUGUGCCGAGUGUGGGAUGCGCUUCACGCGCAAAGCGUGCCUGGUGGACCACGAGCGCACGCACGGGGGCGAGCCGCCGCACGCGUGCGACGGCUGCCCGCGCCGCUUCUACCGCCGGACCGACCUCAACCAGCACCGGCGCACUCACACGGGCGCCAAGCCCUACGCCUGCGACCACUGCGAGCGCCGCUUCGCGCACAAGACCAGCCUCGUCAACCACCGGCGCACGCACACCGGCGACACGCCCUACUGCUGCUCCGUCUGUCGCCGCACCUUCAAGCAGCGCAGCAACCUGCUGCGGCACGAGCGCCUGCACUCGCCCUGACCGCCCCGCGCCGGCACGCGCCGCCCCCAUGUGUUCAAAUUCACUACGCGUCUUUUACUACACUCAAUUUUACUCUCAACCCAAUUUUCUUUUUAUAAAAUGUCGUAACAUACAAAUUGUUUUAGUAAUAUUUUUUUUAUGAAGUACGUUACGUAUGUAAAAGCAAGAGUAAAAAACUUACUCUUGCUUUUCCCUCUCACAAUACCGCUCAUAAUGACUAUUCCUUCACUAUUUCUGCUAUACGCCCAUGGAACGCUCUACCUGAAACUAUCCAAAAGUCACAAACAAUAAAUAUUUUUAAGAAACGAAUUAAGGAAUAUUAUCUAAAUCUGUCAUAAUAGUCUAUA